UUGUUGUUUCUUCUUUCACACAAAGCAUCAAUCACCCACCAUUCACAAUCAUCAAGACAUGACAAUUUGCGUUCUUACCUCUAUUUUUCUCCCAAUUCAAACCGCUACUCACAUGCUUUUCCUUCUCAUCAAAUGUGUUGUUCAUCAUACUAUUUCUUGUUGGCCCUCCAAACCCUUGUGAUCCAAGAUUCACUUUUUCCUCUAAUAUAUAUAUACACACACACUUAACCUCAUCCCCAAUAACUAUCUCUUUCUCAGCUACCCAACGUGUUUUGUUUUCUUCAGCUUAGUGCCACUUUGGAAUGAAAAGAGCAGCGAUCUACAGCUGUGUACCCCAAAUGCAGGAUCAUUGGCCUAUCAAAAAGGCUCUGACAUUGUCUGAUGUAGAUAUCACACAUCCAUUCCUUACUUUGUCUCGGCAACAAGUGGAGAACCACAUUGUGUUGCAUAUGACAACAGAACAACAGGAGCAUUUGAGAGCCCAAGGCCAAGUAGAUUUUAAUGCCCGAGAUGAUGAUACAGGUGAGAUGUAUGUGAUGAAGUUGAAAUGGCGGGGAAGCUAUUACAAUCUGAUUGGUAAGUGGGGCAGAGUUGUACGAGGGAAAGGACUUGAUGUAGGGCAAGAGAUUAAAAUACGUUGGGAAAAUGGGUGCUUGCACUUCUCGGUCCCACAGCAGCAGAUUGUUGCAGUCCCACCAAUUCGGAUGGUUGCAGCACCAGUAGUGCAGGACCAUUGGCCCAUUAAGAAGAUCUUGACACUCUCUGAUGUGGACACCAAUCAUCCAUUUCUCCCUCUGCCGCGUCGAUUAGUUGAGGAUCAUAUCCUUGUGCAUUGGACACCUCAGCAACAAGAACAGCUGAGGAAGGAGGAGCAUGUGAAUGUAAAUUCCCGAGAUUAUGAUACUGGCGAAGGUUAUAGAAUGAAAUUUAAGUGGAGGGGGAAUUACUAUAACCUUAUUGGGAAAUGGGGAGCAAUAAUUCGGCAGAAGGGACUUGGUGUUGGGAAAGAGAUCAGAUUGCGCUGGGCAAAUGAAUGCUUGUUCUUCUCAGUUCCCCAGGAGCGGUAUGUUGCCACAGCCUCGGCGAUGGAUAACUGGCCUAUUAAGAAGGCACUUACAUUGUCUGAUGUGGAUACCAAUCAUCCAUUUCUUACUUUGCCCGGUAAGGCUGUUGAAGAUCAUAUUCUUUUUUACUGGUCACAGCAAGCCAGAGAACAACUGAGAAAUGAACAUCAGAUGAAUAUUAAUGCUCGAGAUGAUGACACUGGUGAUACCUAUUUGAUGAAGUUGAGAUGGCGGGGGAGUUACUAUAAUCUCAUUGGAAAAUGGGGAAAAAUCAUUAGAGGGAAGAAACUUCAGGUUGGAAUGGAGAUCAGACUACACUGGGAUAAUGGAUGCUUAUUCUUCUCAGUUCCUCAGUUAUAGCAUUGGCCAACUUGUAAAUGUAGGUGAACCACCAUAAUGGCUUUUCCCAUUUCAACAUGGAAUGUGCAUUGUAAAUUAAACUAUUUCAGGCGAAAGGCUUGGCAGAGCUGGAUUUAAAUCUAUCGAGGCAGCAAGUGACUGACCUAGCUCAAAAUUUAUCAGGUGAUGCAAAGCAAUGCAACAGUUUUACUUCUUAUACUACUUCUGUGAGGUCUAACAAGUGGCACCUUUCCUCCUGGGAUAGUUCCACCCCUGCCUUACCUUUUGUGUAUAGUUUGGAUUGGCAAGUUGAUGUUAUAGGAUUGCUUUUAUGAUUCAUUUGAUCUUUGCUAUUCGCCAUCAUUUUAUCCCAAAAAUUCUAGUUUGUGGCUAUGGAUCCCUUAUUUCUUUUUCAAAUUUGAUGCUUCACCAAUUGGAAAGGCAUUACUUAAAUGCAACUUCUUUACAUCAAUAAAGUCUAUCAUUACUUGUAAAAAAUAAAAUAAAAUGAAAGGCAACUUCUUGC